AUGAGAUGCUGCUGUGUUUUUGGUUUGGCUGCGGCGUGGUUCUGCCUUCGCGAUGUUUCGGGUGAAGACUUCCAGGCUGACUUGUCUGAUCUUUCGGCAGUGCGGCUGCUGCACAUCACCGACAGCCACAUCUCUUUGAGUGAUGAGGUGCCGCCUCGCUCGUCGCGCAUGUUUGGCGCGUAUGCGAGGAGCAGGAACCGUGACACCAAGUCACCCACGACCCCGCAACAAGAGUUUUCGCGAUUGGUCGGCUUGGCUCAAGACCUACAUGUCGACCUCGUGGUUCUAGGCGGCGACAUUUUCAACUUCCCGUCCAAUCAGACAGUCACGUGGGUGCUUGAGCAGCUGCGAACUGCAGGCAAGAGCUUCGUUUUCACGUCGGGAAAUCACGACUGGAUGUUGGAAGGCCAACAAGGAGCUUCCAGGUAUGAUGCCGCCCGAAUAUCGGAGCUGGAAUCAACAUUCAGGCCACUGUAUGAGCAAAGCCUUUCAAACGGAGGGUCAUGCUAUAUGUCUUUGGGCCAUUGGAAUCGACCUGGCAUCGGCAUCCUGUAUGGUUGCACAGUGAUCAAGGGGCUUUUGCUGCUGUUCAUCGACAACUCCAAUUACCAGGUGGAUGCUGACCAGCUGGAAUUCGCACGUGUGCAGCUCGAAAGCGUGAGCAAAGAUACUCCCAUUGUGAUUUUGCUGCACAUCCCUUUAAUGCUCCCUGGGGUCACGCUUCCUGCCAAAGAACUUUGUGGCCACGCACAAUGGGGCGCUGCGACUGAUACGUUGUGGCAGCUCGAGGGCCGACCAAGAUGGCCGGCCGGCAACUUGCAAAGCACACUGGACUUCAGGGACCUACUGCAGGCGAAGGCCGCUCCCAACGGCCCGGUGGUGGCGGUGCUCUCAGGGCACACUCACGAGGAUGCCUCCGUUCUGCUUCGCCCACCGGCAGAGACCGCUGAGACCUGUGAACCAUGGGGUCGGUCCUGGACGGUGCGCUCGGAGGGCGGGCGCGAGAAGCUGAAGGAGGGUGGUGGGGCGCUCCAGUACACGACCAGCAGUGCCACGGAAGGGGCCUACCGGGUCCUCACCAUUUACUGA